CGAAUCGCGAAAAGGGCCCCACCGUGAUGGAUCGGGCCGCUCAGUACAUUUGUUGCAAGCGUUUCGAUCGAACGAAAGCGGAUCGGCGUACCCUUCUGGUCGUGGGCGCAUAUUUCUGUUGGUUCAAGGUUCCACGGAACACACGAUUUCGCGUUUCUCGCCCUACCAGUGUGCGUGUGUGUAUUAGUGUGUUGUUUUACGCCUUUCGGUACCGAACCAGGCCAGAAAGGGCAAUAUGUCAGUAAUACGCAACCUGACAACCGUGGCAAGAUUUCUGUCCCGAAGGCAAACACCUAAUCAACGGUUGUGGGGUGGUUCUUUCGUCGUGCCUGCCCGCUCUAUGCAACACUAUCCGAUCGAUGAGUCUCUGUUCGGACUGACUGAGGAUCAGCAACAGCUGCGCCAGACCGUGUUCAACUUUACGCAGAAAGAAUUGGCCCCUUUUGCGCAGGAGAUCGACAAGCAGAACGAGUUCAAGGAAUUCCGCAGCUUUUGGCGUAAACUGGGUGAACUCGGAGUACUCGGUGUGACAGUGAAACCUGAAUACGGAGGACUCGGCGGAUCCUACCUUGACCACUGUAUCGUAAACGAAGAAAUAUCGCGUGCAUCAGGUUCGAUCUCUUUGUCGUACGGUGCUCACUCGAACCUGUGCGUGAAUCAAAUCCAUCGCAAUGGUACGGAAGCGCAGAGGGCACAUUACCUUCCCAAACUGUGCAAUGGCGAACAUGUCGGUGCACUGGCCAUGUCCGAGGCCGGUGCGGGCAGUGAUGUCGUGUCGAUGAAGCUGCGUGCCGAUAAGCAUGGUGACUAUUACGUGCUGAAUGGUAGCAAAUUCUGGAUCACCAACGGACCGAUUGCGGACACGUACAUCAUUUAUGCGAAGACAGACAUGAACGCUAAGCCACAGCACGGCAUUACGGCGUUCAUAGUGGAGCGUGGAACGGCCGGGUUUACGCAAGGUCCGAAACUGGACAAACUCGGUAUCCGCGGUAGCCCAACUGGUGAGCUAAUCUUCGAAGAUGUGAAGGUACCAGCCGCUAACAUUCUCGGCGGACUCAACAAGGGCGUGUAUGUGCUAAUGUCCGGCUUGGAUCUGGAGCGUCUCGUGCUGGCGGCGGGUCCGGUCGGCCUUAUGCAGGCGGCUUGCGACGUAGCAUUUGAGUAUGCGCACACGCGCAAACAGUUCAACACACGCAUCGGUGAGUUCCAGCUGUUACAAGGCAAGUUGGCAGAUAUGUACACGACGAUGAACGCAUGCCGUGCGUAUCUGUACUCCGUCGCGCGUGCCUGCGAUGGUGGUAAGGCCAAUCCGAAGGACUGCGCCGGUGUGAUUCUGUACUGUGCGGAGAAAGCGACGCAAGUCGCACUGGAUGCCAUCCAAAUUCUUGGCGGUAACGGAUACAUCAACGACUAUCCGACCGGACGCAUCAUGCGUGACUGCAAACUGUACGAAAUUGGGGCCGGUACGUCUGAAAUUCGCCGUAUGGUAAUUGGCCGUGCACUGAACAAGGAGUACCAGUGAUAACAGAGUGUACGAGUGAUCUGACCGACGAGUGUACCAAGUACAAGCAAACAGAAUCCUGACGCCGCCACGAUGGUUAAGGGAAGCGGAAACGAAAAUUCCAAUCAAAACCUAAAGUGCAUUUACUAGGCAGUAGUAACUUUCGUAUACGUUUUGUAAAAACGUUGUUGAAAAAUAAAAUCUUUAAUUGUUUCUAUGAAGAAUGAA